AUGGCAUCACCACAAGGGGGCUAUCCUCCCCAGGAAGGGUACGGUCAACCCGCCGGUUAUGGGUCUCCCACUCAGCAACACGCGGGCAUGGCCGCCGGAGCUCCCCCCCAAGGUCAUGCAGGUGGUAAGAAGAAGCGAGCAUAUGCUGGAGAAGCCUUUGAAAUUGGAUCUGGUGCCAAUGCUGCUCUUGGGGGACAACUCCCCGCUGGUGGCAGUUACGGUGCAUAUCCCCCUCAGCCGCCGGCUGCGGGAUAUCAACAACCUGUAUACGGGGCGGACCCAAGUCAGAUGAAUGCAGCAGCGCCGGGGUAUACUGCCCCUGCUGCUCCAGGAAUCGCACAGAUGACCCAGCAGUUCGGCGCGAUGGGCGUGACCGACCCCCACCUCAUGCCGCCGCAGCCUCCGCAGGCCGCCGUGGCUCCUCAGGCUCCGCGCCUCGUUCCCCUCAACCAGCUCUAUCCUACAGACCUUCUCACUCAACCAUUUAAUGUCGCGGAGCUUGACUACCCUCCGCCGCCAAUCGUUCUCCCGCCAGGUACCAGCGUUUACCCAUCUCCUACAGCGAAUUGUCCUCCGAAAUAUGUCCGAUCGACCUUGAAUGCCGUGCCGACAACGCACUCUCUCCUCAAGAAAUCUAAGUUGCCGUUUGCCCUUGUCAUUCAGCCAUAUGCCGCUCUGCAUGAUGCGGAAGACCCGAUUCCAGUCAUUCCAGACCAGGUUAUCUCGCGGUGUCGACGCUGCCGAUCCUACAUCAACCCAUUUGUGACCUUUCUGGACCAUGGCCAUCGCUGGCGCUGCAAUAUGUGCAACCUGACAAAUGAUGUGCCCCAGGCGUUCGAUUGGGAUGCUGCUUUGCAGAAGCCUGCGGACCGCUCCCUGCGACCUGAUCUCAACCACGCGGUAGUCGAAUUCAUUGCUCCCCAAGAGUACAUGGUUCGUCCUCCUCAGCCGCUCGUGUAUCUUUUCCUGAUCGACGUGAGUUAUGCGUCCGUCACAAAUGGUCUUCUGGCAACUAGCGCAAGGUGCAUCAGGGAAAGCCUCGACAGGAUCCCCAAUGCGGACCGUCGGACUCGGCUGGGUUUCAUCGCAGUCGACUCUAGCCUUCAUUACUUCAGCAUUCCCAGAGACGGUUCGGAGAACUCUGAUCCAAGAAUGCUCGUUAUCAGCGAUCUGGACGAGCCUUUCCUCCCUAUUCCGGGCGACCUCCUGGUGACUCUGAGUGAAUGCCGAGAGAACAUUGAGACCUUCCUCGACAAACUACAGGAAAUGUUCCAAAACACCCAGAAUAAUGGUUGUGCCAUGGGAUCGGCUCUGCGGGCUGGCUACAAGUUGAUCGCUCCGGUGGGAGGAAAGAUGACCGUGUUGAGCUCGUCUUUGCCCAAUGUCGGACAUGGUUCCCUGACCAUGAGAGAGGAUAAGAAAGUCCUCGGGACGAGUAAAGAGAGCAGUCUCCUACAGACGGCGAACAGCUUCUACAAGAGCUUCGCUGUCGAGUGCUCCAAGGCACAGGUCUCAGUGGACAUGUUCCUGUUCUCUUCCCAAUACCAGGAUGUGGCAUCCCUCAGCAACCUGCCGAGAUAUACUGGCGGACAGACAUACUUCUAUCCCGGAUGGAAUGCAGCACGGGGAGAGGACGCGAUCAAAUUUGCUCGUGAAUUCUCCGAUUACUUGUCUUCAGAGAUUGGGCUUGAAGCCGUCCUCCGUGUCCGUGCUACAACUGGGUUACGUAUGAAUACCUUCUAUGGCAACUUCUUCAACCGCAGCUCCGACCUAUGCGCCUUUCCCGCGUUCCCUCGUGACCAAGCAUACGUUGUUGAGGUUGCUAUUGAUGAGACCGUCACCAAGCCUAUUGUUUGCAUGCAGACUGCUGUCCUCCACACUACAUGCAAUGGCGAGAGAAGGAUUCGAGUAUUGACCCUCGCUCUUCCCACAACGCAGAACCUUGCCGAUGUAUACGCAUCGGCAGACCAACAAGCAAUUGCGACUUACUUCAGCCACAAAGCUGUCGAGCGGGUUCUUUCAAGUGGACUGGAACCUGCCCGUGAGGCCCUACAAGCCAAGGCUGUGGAACUUCUGUCGACAUAUCGGAAGGAGCUUGCUGGUGGAAGCGUGAGCGGAGGCGGCCUACAAUUCCCUGCCAACUUGAGAGGUCUUCCUGUUCUUUUCCUGGCGAUGAUCAAAAACCUCGGUCUUCGCAAAUCCGCACAAAUACCCACUGAUAUGCGAUCUGCAGCGCUGUGCUUGCUGUCAACGCUCCCUCUUCCUCUUCUCAUUCAAUACAUCUACCCGAAGAUGUAUUCACUACAUGACAUGCCUGACAAUGCAGGAUUGCCAGACGAGCAGACUGGCGAGAUUGUUCUCCCUCCUCCAAUCAACCUGUCUUCUGAACGCAUCGUGCCGUACGGUCUUUACCUGAUUGAUGACGGACAGACCCAGUUCCUCUGGAUCGGGCGUGACGCAGUGCCCCAGCUCCUCCUUGAUGUCUUCGGUCUGCCUGACAAGUCGCAACUUCGCGUGGGCAAGCAGAACCUCCCGGAGCUUGACAAUGACUUCAAUCAACGAGUGCGGGCGGUCAUUGAGAAAAGCCGGGACCACCGGUCCAAGGGCGUUGGCAGCAUCGUGGUGCCUCACCUGUAUGUGGUCAAGGAAGAUGGAGAGCCAGGUCUUCGACUGUGGGCCCAGACGAUGCUCGUGGAAGAUAGGACCGACCAGAGCGUCAGCCUGGUGCAGUGGAUGGGUUCUCUGCGAGAAAAGGUUUGA